AACUCACAGAAAACUUGCAAGGAAAUUAAACUGCUAUCUCUCCCUGUCUCUCUCUCCGUAUCUCCCUCUCUCUCAAGCCAUGGAUCUCUUCAUGGGAAUUUGUUUACUAUCUCUAUUCUAUGCUUUCUUCGGCAUAUGCAAGUUGGUUCUUCAACGGAGAGACCAAUGCUGCUAUAUGUUGGCCUACGAGUGCUACAAGGCCCCUGAGGAAAGAAAGCUCAACACUGAAUCCAGCGCAAAAAUUGUCUUCCGAAACAAAAAUCUGGGUUUGGAGGAAUACAGGUUUCUCUUGAAAACCAUCGUCAGUUCAGGGCUCGGGGAAGAAACGUACGGCCCGCCAAUUGUCUUUGCGGGAAGAGAAAGAGAACCUACUCUGGCAGACGCCCAUUUGGAGAUGAAUGAAUUCAUCUACGACACACUUGACAACCUUUUUGCUAAGACAGGAGUUUCUCCAUCAGAAAUCGACAUCCUCGCUGUGAAUGUGUCGAUGUUCUCUCCCGUGCCUUCUCUCACAGCUUGUAUAAUAAACCGUUACAAGAUGAGGGAGGAUAUUAAGGCUUUCAACCUCUCCGGAAUGGGCUGUAGCGCAAGCCUUGUGGCCGUCGAUCUCGUGCAACACUUGUUCAAGUCAUACAAAGAUUCUUACGCUGUCGUUGUGAGCACAGAAUCCAUGGGCCCGCAUUGGUAUUGCGGCAAGGAGAAAUCUAUGCUGCUCUCCAACUGCCUUUUCCGCUCGGGAAGCUGUUCGAUGCUCUUCACAAACAAAAAGGCUUUGAAGCAUCGAGCCAUCAUGAGAUUAAAGAGCGCAGUUCGAGUUGAUACUGGCUCGAGCGACGAAGCAUACGGAUGCUGCAUGCAAGUGGAAGAUGAGCAUGGCAACCUUGGUUUUCGCCUCACCAAAAGCCUCACAAAAGCUGCCGCUCAAGCUUUUUCCAUGAACCUACGAGUGCUUGUACCUAAAGUGUUGCCACUAAGAGAACUCCUCCGCUACUUCUUUGCAGCAAAGCUUCAGCACAAAACCAAAAGCCCGAACCUGAAGGCUGGAGUGGACCACUUCUGCAUCCACCCUGGUGGAAGGGCUGUGAUUGAUGGGGUUGGGAAGGGCUUAGGGCUCAGCGACAACGAUCUUGAGCCGGCUAGAAUGGCACUUCACCGGUUUGGAAACACGUCGGCCGCUGGAAAUUGGUACGUUUUGGGUUACAUGGAGGCUAAGAAGAGGCUUAAGAAGGGUGACAAGAUUCUGAUGAUCAGCCUUGGAGCAGGAUUUAUGUGCAACAACUGUGUGUGGGAGGUAAUGAAGGACUUGGAUGAUGUCAAUGUUUGGAAAGACUGCAUUGAUCGUUACCCACCUCAAUGCCUACUCAACCCUUUCAAGGAGAAGUACAGUUGGAUCAACGAUGAAUAUCUAAGCUUUGUUAGGCUUCACUGAGAUGCGGCCUGAUUGAUUUUCUGGUUUAUGAUGCCCUAUUAUAGGUUUUUCCUUCUUCUUUUUUCCCUAUUUAUAUGUUUUCUUUUUCGUUCAUGAUACUGUGAAAGCUAUUAAAGUUUGCUCCUCCAAGGACAUGUCAUGGCGCGCAGGUACUCCAUCUGCCGCAAAUAAUGAGUUCAAUCUCCACAUGUACUCUGUUUCCUUUCCUAUUCAGUACAAUAAUCAAUAAACUAAAUUCAUCAAA